CCCAUAAAAUCUAAACACCCCUUCACUUGCAGCAGCAUGUUCACAGAGUCUAUCUCUGUCUCAUCCUCAAACCAAACUCUUUUAGAUCUCUUCUCAAUCUGAAAAAGAUCUCUUCUUUUUAUAGUUAUGUUUUAACUGCAUAUUCUAUCUUUUAGCCCUUUUUUGAAUCUCCUGUUCUGUCUUCUCUGAUAUAAAAAAAUCUUUGAGACAGAAUAAACAGGAGUCAGAUAGAGAGAGAGAUAAUGACAAUGGCUGUACCGAAAGAAGGGUUCGUUGCUAUGGUGAAGGACUCUGUUUCCUCUGCUCCAUCUGAGUCUCCUCUUUCUCUCCAGCCUCAGUUUCCUGACUUCACCAUUCCUGUUAAAGAUUUCUUCAAGUCUAGGGAAGCUCGUGAGUUUCUGAGUGGGGCUUUAGCUGGAGCUAUGACUAAAGCUGUUCUUGCUCCACUUGAGACUAUAAGGACAAGGAUGAUUGUUGGUGUUGGAUCGAGAACCAUUCCAGGAAGCUUUGUGGAAAUCAUACAGAAGCAAGGAUGGGUUGGUCUUUGGGCUGGCAACGAGAUCAACAUGAUCCGUAUCAUCCCAACUCAAGCCAUUGAGUUGAGCACUUUUGAGUGUGUAAAGCGUGUAAUGACAUCAGCGCAAGAGAAGCUCAAGAAGAUUGAGCAGGCGAAGAUUGAGAUUGGUGACUUUAGUUUCAGUCCGUCCAUAUCUUGGCUCUCUCCCGUUGCUGUUGCUGGUGCAGCUGCAGGUGUUGCUAGCACACUUGUCUGCCAUCCUCUCGAAGUCCUCAAGGAUAGAUUGACUGUGAGCCCUGAGAUUUAUCCAAGCUUGAGACUUGCAGUUCCAAGGAUAUUAAGAGACGAUGGAAUCCGUGGAUUCUACGCUGGCUUGGGGCCAACACUGGUCGGGAUGCUUCCUUACAGCACAUGUUAUUACUUCAUGUAUGACACUAUGAAAACCACUUACUGCAAAUCCAAGAACAAGAAGGCUUUAAGCCGUCCAGAGAUGCUUCUUCUCGGAGCUCUAGCUGGUCUAACGGCUAGCACCAUUAGCUUCCCAUUGGAGGUGGCGAGGAAGCGGUUGAUGGUGGGAGCUCUGAAGGGGGAAUGUCCACCGAACAUGGCUGCGGCAAUAGCAGAAGUAGUGAAGGAAAGAGGAGUGAUGGGACUCUACAGAGGUUGGGGAGCAAGUUGUUUGAAAGUCAUGCCGUCUUCUGGCAUCACUUGGGUCUUCUACGAAGCCUGGAAAGAUAUUUUGCUCGCCUCCAACACCAAGCCACUCAUAUAAUGACGAAAUUGAAACUUUAGAAUACCAUUGUUGUUACCUGAAGCUAAGCCGCUUCAUCACAUUUCUUAAGUUAUGAAUGAGGUGGCUUGGCUUUGCCACAUGAGAUGUUUUUUUGGCACUUUGGGAGUGUUUUGAUUCCCAUGAGAAGUAAGAAGCUGAGUUCUUUUUC